CUCGGUGGCGGGGGCCGAAGAUGGCCGAGUCCCCGGAGGAGGUGGCGGUGCUGGUGCAGCGGGUGGUGAAGGACCUGAACAACGCCUUCAAGCGGAACCCCCACAUAGAUGAAAUUGGGUUAAUACCCUGUCCUGAAGCCAGGUAUAACCGGAGCCCUAUAGUCCUCGUAGAAAACAAGCUUGGCGUGGAGAGUUGGUGUGUCAAGCUUCUUUUGCCAUAUGUCCACAACAAACUCCUCCUCUAUAGACAAAGAAAGCAAUGGCUGAACAAAGAUGAAUUGAUAGAUAUCACGUGUACGCUGCUGCUGCUAAACCCAGACUUCACCACUGCAUGGAAUGUAAGGAAAGAACUAAUAUUAUCUGGCACUUUAAGUCCAGUUAAGGAUUUACAUCUUGGAAAACUGGCAUUAACGAAGUUUCCGAAGAGUCCAGAAACAUGGAUUCACAGACGAUGGGUGCUGCAACAACUAAUUCAGGAAAACUCCUUGCCAACUCUUGUAACUAAAGGGAACUUGGGAACAGUGCCUAUGGAAAGAAUUCAACGAUUAGUGCAGGAGGAAAUGGAUGUCUGCUGUGAAGCUGCUGGGAGAUAUCCAAGCAACUACAAUGCCUGGUCCCACCGUAUCUGGAUUUUACAGCGUUUGGGAAAGCUGGAUGUCAAGAUUCUCCUUGAUGAACUUUCUUCCACUAAACAUUGGGUGUCCAUGCAUGUUUCAGACCAUAGUGGAUUCCACUACCGCCAGUUCUUAAUAAAGUCCUUGAUUGGCAGAACUGUGACCGACAAUUCUAUACUGGUGCAAAAUCAGCUGGUAAAUGAGCCAACCCCCAGUCUUCCAAAGGAUGAGAAAAAUGAAGCGUCUGAAGCUGCCUGUACAGAAGAACUGAGGGUAGAUCUCCCCAAUCUUCUAAAAGAAGAGUUGGAGCUCUGCAGUGAUCUUAUUAAUACCUUCCCUGGGCAUGAAACACUGUGGUGUCACAGACGGCACAUGUUCUACCUUCAGCACCAUUUAAACAACAAACUUCCUCUUCCAAAUGUACGGUUGACAUCUGUGGACAGCAGUGAUGGAACUUUGAAUAAUUCACACCCCAGUACAGCAGUCAGUCAUGUGACUCAUGCCAUGGAUGUUGAUGGUUUAAAUGAUUCAAGCAAACAAGGCUAUACUCAAGAAACCAAACGCCUGAAGCGUGCCCCUAUACAGGACUCUCUUGGCUUGGAAAUGGAAUACAGGUUCAUUGAUAACAUUUUAGCAACUUGCAGAGACAUAGAGCAGGUCAGGUUUGCUACUGAAUACAGGAAAUGGCUAGUUACUUUUCUAGGUCAAUGAAGGAAGUUUACAACCUUCAGGUUCCUCUUUUAGUGCAAUAUUCUCUUAUCAAACACAUGCAUGUCAUGGUUGCAAGUGUUGGCUACCCAUGUGCUUCUCACCUUUCUUUGUGGUCAGUGCUAAAAUUCAUAUACAAAGUAAUAUUUCAUUUUAUUUAUUAAAAAAAAUCUAGAAUAGCUUUUUAUUAAGCAAAUGUAGUUUGCUUUUUUCUUUAAUCCUUUUUAAAAAAAAAUACACAAUUUAUAUUUUUACUUAUGGAAACUUCAUAUCAUACCAUUGUCCUGCUUAAACUUUUUUUUAUCUUAAUAUGGAUUAUGAAUAUAACCCUACCAAAUUCACACCCAUGAAAAACAUGUCAUGGACCAUGAAAUCUGGUCUUUUGUGUGCUUUUACCCUAUACUAUACAGAUUUCACGGGGGAGACCAGCGUUUCUCAAACUGGGGGUCCUGACCCAAAAGGGAGUUGCAGUGGGGUCCCAAGGUUAUUUUACAGUGAUCACAGUAUUGACACCCUUACUUCUGCACUGCCUUCAGAGCUGGGGGCUGGAGAGCAGCAGCUGUUGGCCGGACGCCUAGCUCUGAAGGCAGCACCCUGCCAACAG